AUCAGAACGCGUGCAGCCAAUAGGAAACCGCGGAGCGUUAUUCCCGAUGAUGGAUGCUGAGGUGAAGCUGCAGCGGCACACGGUGCACCAAUAUGAGAGGAAACCAAGGUUUGCCGUGUUCAGUUAAGUUAGCCCACGUUGUUGCCUCUCCACAUCAAAUGGGUUCACGUGCCAAGGCCUCCUAAGGAUGUCCACAGAUGACAGCGUCUCUGAGGACGUUUCCACUUCCGCGGCUCUGAGCCACAACAAUGCGGACGCUAGCGGCGGGAAAGAGAGCGAGGCUUCCGCCGUCUCCUCCGAGGACACGCUGUCAGGGCCGGCCGGUCCCGAGGAGGAGCAGGAUCGGGUCCGAUCCGUGCGGGCUCUACGGGGCUUCUUCCAGUCCGCCACCGGGUCGGUGACGGGCCGAAGCCCACCCACACCAGCAAGCGGCAGCCCCCAAAAGAGCAGGAGCUUGUGUUUCGGUCCAGAAGAGUUCGGCUCAGGGAGGAGCUUGCCGUCCAUCAACCCCAGCCCCCUGGAGACGCUGAGCGUCCUGGUGCAGGAGAUUCGGAAGGGCGGGGAGACGGACCCGGAGCUGUGGAAGGACAGCGAGGGCAGAUGGUUACAUCUGUUUAAACUGGUGGAGAAGCAAUAUCAGGAGCAAAUUCUUACUCAGCAGGAACAAUACCAGUGCCAAAUUCAGCUCAUACAGGAUGAGAUCAAAGCCUUAGUGCAGCUUCAGAACCGGCCAAUCGCAACGCAGUCUGCCGACGAUACACCCGCCCAGACGCCGGGUGAUUCGCCGCUCUCAGACCCCGCCCCUUUGGCACCGUUGUCCUCGGCAACCGGCUCAGCCAAUCCCCAGGAGUUCCACAGAGAGAGGGCGGGGCCAGCGGUGACUGGAAGCUGUCAGGAGCUCCCAGAGCUCAGCCUGUGCGGGGGCGAGGGAGGGUGCGGUGGGGGAGGGACGGAUGAACAAUGGCGGCUGCAUCCCUUCCCACCUGUCCACAGCACAACAGCGCCCCCUCUGGCCGAGGAGAAACAAGCAGAUCCGCAGCCUCCCUCUGGCUCUCUGCCCUCCCUUCCCUCUCUCCCUGCUGACCAAUCAGAAACCAGCAGCCGGCUGCUCACCACCUGGGCACAGAGGGAGAGGCGCAGGGGGAGGAGGCGCAGGUCGGCACGGGAACCGCGGGAGGAGGCCCUGGAGGAGAGGGCCUUUGAGGGGAGUGCUCAAGCAGACCGUCUGGAAAAUGUAAGGCCUGUGUUUGUGUGGGAUGCAUUUGACAAAAAAAAUCUCUCUCUCAAAAUGCAUCUUAAUACGUGGCCAGUUGCAGGUCUCACCUUCUGGAGGUCAGAGGAGAAGGAGCUUUCCUGCCCGCGACUUGAUACACUAGACCGCGGGACUUCUCGCUUUGUACAAGAAGCACCUGUGGACCUGUGUUCUCCAGAGCAGACCAGACUGUCGGUGCCACUGAGGGAGAUCUACCGGAGAAGACAGAGAGAGACCAGGUCACAUGACUGGAGUUCUUCCUUCAGCUCCAAAACCUCUCUGACUCAGGUGGAGGUGCUGCACACAGCGGCUCAGGUGAGGCAGCCGAGACCCAGCUUCACCUCCCCCUUCCGCUUCAGCAGUCCGUCCUUCCCCACGCAGUCCCAGCCCAGCCCACCAGGGGGCGCCCCCGUCACCCAGGAAUCUGCGCCAGAGGGCCCUGGCCCGUGUCACACAGACGGCAGCCUCAGGACUCUCCUCCACGGGACGUCCCACCCAGGCCUGGCCAGCAUGGCAGUCGUGUCCCCUGCCACCUCCCCCACGGGGGGGAGGGGUGCGUGUGGGGGUGCCCACGGUACGCCUCACAGCCAGGAGGAAGCCGGCCACCUGAAACCCCCACCCCCACCCCGGGCGGACCCCUGGCUGCCCCCCUCCCUGCAGAAGAGCCCCUCCCUGGAGGACCCCGUGGUCCUGUCUCUGGCCAGGCAGAGCGUGAGGGAGAAGAAUUCCCGCCACAUCGCGGAUCUCCGCGCGUACUACGAGUCAGAGAUCAGCGCGCUGAAGGAGCAGCUGAGACUGGCCAAUCGGCCGCCCGGUUCUGAGGAGAAAGAGACCAAUCAGAUCCUGCGAGACAGGUGUGAACACCUGGAGCGGAGCGUCGUGGAGACGAAAUCCAGGGCCAGGGAGCUGGAGGAGCAGAACCUCCGUCUGGGCAGGCAGCUGUGUGAGUGGCAGGAGAGAUACGACUCCGCCAGUGCCAUGGUAACGGCCCUGCAGCAGCGGCUGGAGGCGGCCAAUCGGAACAGGCGGGAGAAGGAGGAGGCAGCCAAUCGGAGCGAGCGGGAGAAGGAGGAGGCAGGGGAACAGCUGAGGGGCAGGCUGAGUCAGCUGGAGGGGGCCUACCUGCAGGCCUACCGGCUCUCUGACCACCAGGACGCAUACAGGAAGCAGGAGAACAGGGUGCUGCAGGACCUGCUUGCAGACUAUGAAACGCUGGAAAAAGACCACGGGAGAGUGAAGGACAAAUUAGUUUCAACGGAAGACAAGCUGUUUGAUGCCAUCGCACAGAUAUCGGAGCUGAAGAGGGUCGUCUCCAAGCUGGAGUCGCAGGUGAAGCAGCUGGAGCACGAGAACCUGAGAUCACGUCACCUGCCCCACAGCCACUCGCAGCCCUCCGGAGCCGGCCUGUACCACCACCCAGACCUGCUCCUGUCUCCCAGUAGGAGUCAGGCAGACCUGGAGACCAGCUCCAGGAAGUGGACAGACCCUGGGCAGCCCCUUGACCAAACUGCAGUCAACACAACCAGGCAUUACUCCUCCCCAGAGAAGGAGGAGAUUUGGGGGGGUCCCGUGCCGGACGAACUCCCCAGGAGGGAAACCCCCCUGGCUCCGCUGAUGAAAGCUUUGAUUGUGACGGAGGAGAAGAGAUCCACAGAGGGCGGGGCCCUCCACAGGCCGGCCCCCCAGGGCCCCUGCUCCAGCCACAGCGCAGCCAGGAGAGACAAGCUGAUGGCUCCGCCCCCUGAUAAGUCCAGCCCUAAGCGCUGCCCGUCAGAGAACUUCUCCACCGCCUUCGGCCCCGCCCCUUCCUGGCGACGCCACAGCCACAGCUGGUCUGACGUGCGAUUGGAUCAAAGGGGUCUGAUGUCAUCCUCACCAUCUCACAGUUCUAAUGCCAAAAAGAGGCUCCAGUGUUCAGGGGAACCAGAAGCCAAUCACCAGCCUAGCAAUGGCAAAGGGGGAGUGGCCAGUGGUGAAGACCCAAUAGAGCAGGGGGCUGAGGGGAACGAGGCGGGACCGCCACGCCCGUCUGCCGCGCCCCUGUCCUAUCAGGACCGCCUGCAGGCCCUGCCGGACACAGAGCGGCUCUUCGACCAGCUGACCCUGGAGAAGCAGCAGAUCGAAGCCGCUCUGAGCCGCAUCCCAAACACGGCCGGGGGCAGGAUCACCCUGCAGGCCAAGAUCGAGGAGGAGGCCUUGGAAGCAAGAUUGGAAAGUGUCAAUCGGGAACUGGGGUCUAUCCGCAUGACCCUGAAGAAGUUCCAUGUUCUACGUUCUUCUACCAACAUUUAGAACUCUCUUUGUGCUGCUUAGAAUUAGGAAUGUCACCUUUUCUGCUUACAGGAAUACAUAUUUCUACCGUGUGUAAAUCUCUGGCAAAAACCCUCUGCAUAGUAACCAUGUUAUACAUGUCCAGAGUAUUUCUACCUUUGUUAUUUUAUGGUAUUUUUUAUAGGAUUUAUUACAGAAAGUAGAAGGAAAUCACAAAGUGUUUUUAAAGUAUAUAUUUUCAUAAAUGUACAGAUUUGUAUGAUCUUUACUCUUGUAGACACAAGAAGACAUGAGUAUUGAGUAUUAUAUACUGUAAGAUUGACUUACCAUUUUCAGGUAAAUUAUGAAGAUUUUAUACCUGCUGAUCAACAUAAAUGAGCAAUAUUGGAGUUCAAGCAGAGUAAUUUGCGCUGUUGUGUUCAUUAUGAAAGGAAACGAUAAACCGUCUUCCAUUUUAACAGAUUUUUUAUUAUUUAUCCUGAAUUAUUUAUAAUUAUUGGCCAAAACACACACAUUUAUAUUUAUUUAUAUUUAUUUUCUUACUUGUUUUGUUUUUUAAAAUGUAAACAUAUGUCAACUCAUUCAGCUCAGAUUUUUAGAUAGAAAUUUUCUGGAAAAUGUACAGAUCUGGGGUUUACUAGAACAGACUCUCAAAUGGUGCCAGACAUAAAAUAUCCUGCAGUAUCCUGUGUGUCAGUUGCUUUAGUGUAUCUAAAGAAGAAAGGAAACCGUGUGGUCGCAUUAUAAUGAGCACAGUGUGAAAUAUGCCCUUGACAUUUACCUGCAUCUCAAACAUUCCACUUGACCUGGUUAGCAAAAAAACAACUUUAAUGGUUCCUUCCCCCUGCAAAUGUGAAUCACAAUACCUGACGCAACAGAACCACAGCUCUCUGUUUACACUCCGUCUCCUACUGGUGGCUGAAAGUAGAUCAUGAUGGUACAUCACUGUUUAAAAACCCUCAUCUUCUCUUCUCUUGUUAUUGUUAAUUCGGUGGCAGUUGGCACAUUUGGCACUGCAGUGCAUAUGAAAAUGUCUAAUACAAGUCACUUUAAAAAUGCCUUUCCACGUUGAAAAUGUUUAAUACAUGUCACUUUAAAAUGCCUCUCCACAUUAAAAACAAAUGUUAACUGAAAA